AAGGGGCGUGGCGGCAGUUGCCUGGGCGGGGCCGGUAGCGGCGGGAGUGCGCUGGCCAGGGGUUCCGGCUGCAUUUCCAUGAGCGCCGCCGGCCGUCGCGGAGCUGCGGGGACCGGACGGGGCGAGCCCGGUCGCGACAGUCCACCUCGCGCAGCUUUUAGGUUAAUUUGAGUAAGAGAUCCAACCUGCCCGCCCAACGAAAUCUCAAGGAAAGGUGCUCUUCACGGUAGAGAGGAACAAGCGACACAGAACACAGGUCAAGAUGAAUGCCAUGCUGGAGACCCCCGAGCUCCCGGCUGUGUUUGACGGCGUGAAGCUGGCAGCUGUGGCUGCCGUGCUCUAUGUGAUCGUCCGCUGCUUGAAUCUCAAGAGCCCCACAGCCCCGCCUGACCUCUACUUCCAGGACUCGGGUCUGUCACGCUUUCUGCUCAAGUCCUGUCCUCUUCUGACCAAAGAAUACAUCCCGCCAUUGAUCUGGGGGAAGAGUGGACACAUCCAGACAGCCUUGUAUGGGAAGAUGGGCAGGGUGAGAUCACCACACCCAUAUGGGCACCGCAAAUUCAUCACCAUGUCGGAUGGAGCCACUUCCACCUUCGACCUCUUUGAGCCCUUGGCCGAACACUGUGUUGGAGAUGACAUUACCAUGGUUAUCUGUCCCGGAAUUGCCAAUCACAGUGAGAAGCAGUACAUCCGCACCUUUGUCGACUACGCCCAGAAGAAUGGCUACCGCUGUGCCGUGUUAAACCACCUGGGCGCCCUGCCCAACAUUGAGCUGACCUCACCUCGCAUGUUCACCUAUGGCUGCACCUGGGAGUUUGGGGCCAUGGUCAACUACAUCAAGAGGACAUACCCUCUGACCCAGCUGGUGGUCGUGGGCUUCAGCCUAGGGGGCAACAUCGUGUGCAAAUACUUGGGGGAGACUCAAGCCAACCAGGACCGGGUCCUGUGCUGUGUCAGUGUGUGCCAGGGCUACAGCGCACUGAGGGCCCAGGAGACCUUCAUGCAGUGGGACCAGUGCCGGCGCUUCUACAACUUCCUCAUGGCUGACAACAUGAAGAAGAUCAUCCUGUCACACAGGCAAGCUCUUUUUGGUGACCACGUUAGAAAACCCCAGAGCCUGGAGGACACAGACUUGAGCCGCCUGUACACCGCCACGUCCCUGAUGCAGAUUGAUGACAACGUGAUGAGGAAGUUCCAUGGCUACACCUCCCUGAAGGAAUACUACGAGGAGGAGAGCUGCAUGAGGUACCUGCACAGGAUUUAUGUGCCUCUCAUGCUGGUUAAUGCAGCCGAUGACCCCUUGGUGCAUGAGAGUCUCCUGAACAUUCCAAAAUCUCUCUCAGAGAAACGGGAGAAUGUCAUGUUUGUGCUGCCUCUGCACGGGGGGCAUCUGGGCUUCUUUGAGGGCUCCGUACUGUUCCCCGAGCCCCUGACCUGGAUGGACAAGCUGGUGGUGGAGUACGCCAAUGCCAUCUGCCAGUGGGAGCGCAACAAGCUGCAGUGCUCCGACACAGAGCAGGUGGAGGCCGACCUGGAGUGAGCCCUGCUGUGGCCCAGACUCUGACACUCCAGCUGCCACCCCUGGACCCUGCGUCCCCGCCGGCUGAUUCAGGUCUCCCCUCUCUCUCGCAGUAACCUGAUCUGACCUCACACCAUCGUGGGGGAGCCACCUUUGGGUACAGCUGCCUUUGUGUGUAGGGGUUGGGGGGCAGCCAGCCCUGGGGGCUGCAGGCUAUUUUUGUGUCUCCUCCAUUGCACAGUCAGCCAUGAUGACAGGCCCCAGGCUCUCGCUUCCUGGCCUGGUGUAGCACCUGAUUGCUUUGAAGCCAACCACAUCUAGUUUCCCUAUUAAAAAAUGUCUCAACAGCAGUUUUGCUUUGCCAAUCAAAAGGCUUUUCCCUGAGACCAUGAAUGAUGCGCAUUCUUUGGUGGCAGUUGUGUGCCCUUGCGUAAACCCUGGGAGAGCUCCCUGCCAGGGGUCCCUGCUGCAGAUGUGCUCAGCUGGAGCCUGAGGACCAAGCCUCCCAGCCAGACUGCAACCUCUUAAGGCAAAAAAAAAAAAAAAAAAUCCCUUGAGUCCCAAGCUGAGUUUUCCACCCUUCUUCCUCCUGCAGGAUGGCUUCCCACCCUUUAUGGAGCAGGCGGGGAAGCUGCGAGAGUCACUGAGGGCCCUUGUUGAAAAUUCAGCCCCAGUCUGCCCCCUUGAAGAGCCUGGAGGUUUUCAUUUCUAACAAGUGCCCUAAGGUGACUCUGCUGCAGGCCCUUUACUGGUGGCUGGUGUUUUUUUUUGUUUGUUUGUUUGUUUUUAUAUUUGUUUUUUUGAACCAAAAUCCCAGCUCUAAGGGGUUUCUGGAGCAGCAAGGUGUGUGGCCCAGCUGUGACUAUAGUGUGACCUCUCGCAGGGGGGCUGAGCUGCACCUAACUCUGCUUCACAGGCCCUGGGAAAGGUCCUGCAGAUUUCACUUUCUUCACCAAUAAAGCAGGGCUGUCCACCAGGUAUAUUGCCAGGUCACUCCCAUUUCUGAGACUCAGUGACAAACUCAGCUCACUAAGAUUUGAGAGCAUGUCCCACAGGGAGGCUGGGAGCUCCUCUGCUCUACGUAGGGAGGGAAGUCGUGAUUUGCCUUUUUUGUUGGUUUGUUUGUUUGUCUGUUUUGUUUCUCAUUUUAUAUAAAGAGGUGUGUUUAUUUGUUAAGGCACUCAAUUGUAAUUUCAUUUUUUUUAACCCAGAUCUCUCUCACUCUGGCUUUUGAUACCAAACAAUUCAAAAGUUGUAUCUAAGUUUAGAGAAAAGAUCUUUCCAGCCCCAGAGAGGGGUGAUUUUGAAACCAUAUUUUUUAUUCAAUAGCCUGUAUUUGUAGUCCAUUGGCUAGCUCUUUCUAAAGUAUAUCUUUGCAAAUGAAGAUGCCUCUGGAGGUUUCAUUUUGCUAUCCUGUGGCACUUGAACCUUCAAACAUCCUGCACUUUGAGACAUCAGCAGUUGCUAUCUGGAACUAAAUGAAAGUAUGAGUGAAAUUGUCUGGACAUUGAAGAAAAGUUUCCUCUCCUAACCUCCUGGGCUCCAGGUCAGACAUGAAUACACUGGGAGAGUCUGUGUGACUGCUUCAGGGGCCCGGGGAGCACCUGAGACUGGGGUACAGGUUCUCAUGGCUGCAGGUCAGUGUAGUUUGGGCAUUGAUCCAGGUGACUAUGGUAGAAACAUCUGGAACAUGAAGAAGUUGUUUUCUGACAAUCACCAGAUCGUCCUCACUGGUAACAUCAAGGACAUCCAUCAUCUCAAAAGACGGGGCCUUCUGUGGUCUCAGCUUUGACGUGCUGUGACUUCUCAGGCCCACCCACUCAGCUCAGCUCUGUGCCCGCCACCCGCCCUGUUCUUGUUCUCCCGCACUUCCUUCUUAUGUUCUUUCAGCACAAACUGGCACUUUAUCAUCCUCCCCUGGAUUUGGAAAGCAGUCCUUCUCUCUUAGUUCUUCCUCUACCACCUGCAAGGCUGUCGUCUAGGAGGUGCUGGGUCCUUUUUCCUGUGGGAAAUCAGGUCAGUGAAGCAAUAACUUAAUGCAGUUGGCUCUCCAUCCCAGGAAGCGAGAAGGCACUCUCUCCCUCACCCUCAGUCUCAUCUCUUGACUGUUCUGACAAAGCAGUGUAGGCACUAGCUCCAUUCAGGAAGAGAACAGGAGCUUUGGUGUCACACUGGAGGGGGCGGCGGGGGGGGGGGGGGGCGACUAGAAGCUCUGGGAUCCUGGUCUAAGGGUGUGUGUGUCCCCAGGGCCAAGAAAGGGCAUGGGUUGUAUAUAGUCACUGUUGCCACACACCGGAAUUCGCCCCUUAGGCCAGGUGGGGGUGUCCCAACUGAAAUCUUUUGAGUGUGACUCUGAGUGGCCCUGACCUUCCAGUUUGGCUCACAUGAAAUGCACUGAAGCCCUUUGUUCCAGCUUCAGGCUCUUGGGCCUGGCAAUGAGAAUGUGGCCGUCUUACAGGAAAAUUCUUGUUUGUUGAAUGAAGGCACAGAGGAACUGAAUUUAUUACAGAGAUGCACACUUGCAUCUAUAAACAGAGAGCCGCCUUUUCUAUGUAGGUCAGCCUUUUCCUUCCUCCAGCUUCCCUGGCUCUCCAACUGGUUGCUGAUGAAAAUGGGAGCAUUCUUCUACUGAGCUCCGAUUUGGACUAAAACAAGGCUGGAGUUUGCCAAGAGCAUUUGAAUCCGAUCAAAGGAUCUGCUUUGUCACAUCAGAUGAAGGGUAUAGAUUGCAUAGACCUAAAUGAUCCUCUUGCAGAUAAAAUCAUGUUAAAAGUCAGAGGGGGAUCACCCUGUCUCUGCUGGCUGCUUUUCCCGCUUCCUAAAUAAUCUGAGGGGGGUCGGGCGGUAGCGCAGCGGGUUAAGUGCCCGUGGUGUGAAGCGCAAGGACUGGCGUGAGGAUUCCGGUUUGAGCCCCCAGCUCCCCACUUGCAGGGGAGUCGCUUCACAGGCGGUGAAGCAGGUCUGCAGGUGUCUGUCUGUCUUUCUCUCCCCCCGCUCUGUCUUCCCUUCCUCUCUCCAUUUCUCUCUGUCCUAUCCAAUAACAACAGCAUCAGUGACAACAGUAACAAUAAUAACAACAACAAGAGCAACACGGGUAACAAAAAUGGGGGGAAAAGUAGCCUCCAGGAGCAGUGGAUUCGCAGUGCUGGCACUGAGUCCGAGCAAUAACCCUGGAGGCAAAAAACAAAACAAACAAACAAACAAACAAAAAAACCAAUCUGAGGACACUCUGCUAGAGAUGGAGCCUGGUCUAGGGAGGGCACCUGCCUUGGAAAGUCUGCCAUAUCUCUGUGAUGUGUUUCUUUGGAAGAGAGAGUUUAGCAGUCAAGAAAGCUGCUGCUUCUCCCUGCUAGGAGCUGGCACCAGUGCAGAGCAGAAUGCUGUUGGUUGGCUCUCGUUCUUCCCCCUCUCAGAUAUGUUUCUGGCUCACAGGACCCCUGUGACACCAGGGACUGCAAGAGCGUAUUCUUUUCUUGACAGACCGUUACGGAGCCUGUGUCCAGGAGGCCUGGGCUCUUGUCCCAGGUCUAGUUCCCACUGGGCUGUGGGCAGUCAAUUCAUCUCUGAGCUCCAGUGCCCUCCUCAUCAGAGUCUCUUCUGUUCACACACCAUCUGCCCACCGUCCCCACCUGGCUUCCUCAGCCCCUGCACAUAGAAACGGAUCUGUCAAGGUUCCAGGCUCAUUCAUCUGGGGACAGGUGGAGGAGGUGUCUGCAGUUUAAGCCUUUGCUGAUGAAGAGACCCUUGAGGUCACCCAAGUCAUUGACUGAUGUCCCUGCUUCCAUUGCAAUAUCCUUGCUGUUCCCAGGGGGCUCUUGUGACAGGCAGGUGCUGGCCACUAGAAUGGGGUGAAUACCCUUAUCUUUGCGGGUACAGAAAGAGUUCAGCAGUCCUUCCUGCCCGGCCUUUCAUUCCAAGCCACAGUCUUCAUGACAGCUGAACUCUUCUGGGCAUCUGAAUAAGAGCUUUCUUUGUGGUAUGUGACUUCAACCCAUCCUGCAAGCUCGCAGGAGACAAUACACGUGUUCUUGUUUAUGUUUGCCAGGGAUGUGAGGGCCUCUUCUUUUCUGGUGGGCUGAUUCUGCCUUAGAGCUAGAGGGAAAGACUGUUGAAACGCCACGUGGAGUCACAGGAACUCAGGCCUCUCUCACCUCUAGGCAGGAUGAGAAAGAAGCACUUCACAAUUAUCAUCGGAAAUCAUUUCCUUUGUCCAGAAAGCCUUAACUUGCCUCUAGAAUAUUCAGCCAGUACCACAUCAGUCUUACGGCACUGGAAUUCACUUUCUUCUUGCUGUGGUGGUUUGAAGCCACAGCAGAACCAGAGGAUUUUCUUCUGUGGCCUGUGCAAUCCUUGUGAGGUGAGGACCGCCAACCAGGCGAGUGAGGCAGAAGUAGUCACGCGCCUCAUCUCCAGCCCCUUUCUGCCCUUGGCCUCUGCCACCCAGAGUCACUUCUGAUUACUCGAAUGCUUCAAAAAGCCAUGCAGGGUGACCUGCUGGUGGCACUCAGAGACCAGGCUGUGGAAGCAAAGCUUUUCUUCUGUCGGUGAUCUAAACAGAGGGCAGUAUCCCUCUCUUCAUAAUCUAGGCCUGCUUGGCUUUUGCCAAAUUGUCUGGGAAGCUAAGGAGUGGGGACCCGGCCCCCGUGGGUCAUGAGAACUGGGAUGCUCUCCAAAGCAGGAGUCGCUUCCUGCAGCCAGAGUUCUCCUGAAGUUGCUUUUGGGAGCAGGCUGCAGAGUCCAGCCCCCCUCCUACGCUGCCCCCAUACUUUUCUGAACUGUGUUCCCUAGCAUGUCUGUGGGUAAAGCAUGUAUCGCUAGUGUUGGGAGUGCAUUACGACCUGGUGGAUGAAGUCUUUUAACUCGACUCCUGUUAAUUCAUAACAAACCCACCAGAUCCUCUGCUUCCUAGUCCCCACUAGCCAAGAAAUCAACUGUUGCCAUAAGUCGGGGACAAUCCACUUACUGCACCUGCAGAAAGACCCAUCCUGUCAGUGGGCAUUCUCCUUCCAGAACACCCACGCAGAGUAGCCAGCAGUCGCCCGGGAUCAUCACUGAACCCCUGGGUUGCACUGGUUCCAGCCCAGCCACCUCCUCCCUUCCAGGCUGUGUCCCGAGGAGGGCCAGCUUCCUGGGUGGAGGAGCUGGGCUGGGUUGAGGGGGAGGCCUCUCUAGCUGGCCUGAAGCACAAGUCCGAGUGGAACCUGCUGCCUCUCCACCCCACUUCCAGACGUUCUGGGUCUCUCCCACUGCCUCAGGAAGACUUUCACUGUACCUGAGCUUCCCACUUCCACUGCUGCGGCUGCCUUAGCAACACCAGGGCAGGGGGGCGGGCGGGGAGCCGGUUUGCGCCCCCCUUUUCCUGGUCAGACUCCGGCCAGCCAACAUUCUUCUGUUGGCAGAUCUGCUUCCAAAUUGAUUUUUGGGAACCAUCACUUUCACAUUCUGACUUUUUGUUCAUUUCUGUUUGGUUUGGACUUUCCUGAAACUUCCAGUGCUGCCCUGAAAAUAACGUAUUUUUGAGUUUGUGUUCUGAAAGCCUCUGUACUGCCGGAUUUUGGGGUGAGGAGUGGGGCGGGGGGCGUACAAAAUCCUUCAGCACUGAGGUGUUUAAGAUUUGCAACUAGCAAUGCAAUUUUUUUUCUAAAUAUGAGGAUAUUUACCUUUAUUAAGAAAUUAUACUAAACAGUGGUGUCCUUAAUCACUUUAUUUUUAUUUUCUCACGUUACUUUGGGUUCUAUUUUGAUUCUAUGUGGUGGUAAACAAAGAUCAUUACAAACAAAAACUGUAAUUUUGUUAUCUUUGAGUCAAUGGAAUUUCUUUACUUAAAAAAUAAAAGAUUAAAAAUG